AGAAAUAGGUGUUACACCUUCUGAUGUCAAGAGUCAUAUGAGACGUCUACUUGUUACUAAAUUUAGCCAAACUUAUUCUGAUGUGCAUGGAUUUCAAGCUUCAGAUUCAUGGUUUAAUCACUUUUUAAAUUAUUUCAACUUUUCUCUUCACAAACCUACUAAAGUUUCAUCAAAACUUCCUAGAGAUUUGCAAGAAAAACUUUUAGCAUUUUAUGAAAAUAUUAAUCAAUCAUAA